AUGGGGAGCAGAAUCAGUUCUGAGUCUAAAGAAUUGAUGAAGCGAUCACGAGAGCUUGAGAAAAGACUUCAGGAAGAUGCAGUCAAGGAUUCUAGGACCGUCAAGUUGUUGCUGUUGGGAGCUGGUGAAUCAGGCAAGAGCACUAUUGGGAAACAAAUGAAGAUCAUCCAUAAACAUGGCUACACAGAUCGGGAAUGUCAGGAGUAUAAAUCGGUGGUUUACAGCAACACACUGCAGUCCAUUCUGUCGAUCGUAAAAGCGAUGCCCACACUAGGAAUCGAAUAUGAGAAUGCACAAAGCCAAGUGAGUGGGAGACCUGAAGAUGGAAAGCAGCUUUAUGCCAUGGCAGAUAUCCUAGAGGAUGGAUCCAUGUCUUCUGAACUGGCUGGUCUCAUCAAGCGCCUGUGGAAGGAUCCAGGGAUCCAGGCUUGUUUUGAAAGAGCAUCAGAGUAUCAACUCAAUGACUCGGCUGCUUAUUACCUCAAUGAUUUGGAAAGAUUGACAGCUCCUGACUAUGUCCCUAAUGAGCAAGAUGUCCUUCGCUCACGAGUGAAAACAACAGGAAUUAUUGAGACACAGUUUUCUUUCAAGGACUUGCACUUUCGGAUGUUUGAUGUGGGCGGACAGAGAUCAGAGAGGAAGAAGUGGAUCCACUGCUUUGAAGGAGUGACCUGCAUUAUCUUCUGCGUGGCCCUCAGUUCCUAUGACAUGGUCCUGGUGGAAGAUGAGGACGUGAAUCGAAUGCAUGAAAGCCUCCACCUCUUCAACAGCAUCUGUAACCACGAAUGCUUUGCCAGCACUUCGAUUGUGCUGUUUCUCAAUAAGAAAGACCUCUUCCAAGAAAAAAUCACAAAAGUACAACUCCGUGUCUGCUUUCCAGAAUAUGAUGGACCCAACACUUUUGAAGAGGCUGGAAAUUAUAUUAAGAAGCAAUUUUUAGACCUGAAUAUCAGAAAAGAAGACAAGGAGAUCUAUGCCCACAUGACUUGUGCAACAGACACGCAGAACGUUAAGUUCGUGUUUGAUGCUGUAACAGAUAUAAUCAUCAAAGAGAACCUCAAAGACUGUGGACUGUUUUAA